AUGGCUUCUCAGAAGACGGUAACAAAGCUGAUCCAUGGCCUGGCAACAAGGACGAGGGCAGCACCCAUACAAACACCCUACCGCUCCCUUCUACCCCGUUCGUCUUCGGCGGCGUUCUCCACCACCUGUCCCGCCGCUGCUCGCGGGACGGAAUACCUCCAGCUCCACGACCCGGACCUCACAGACUCGCAGCGCACGGUCCGCGAAGCCAUCAGCAAAGUGUGCUCGAAGUUUGGGGACGACUACUGGCUCGCUGUGGACCGCGAGCACCGCUUCCCCACCGAGUUCCAGCAGGCGGUCGCCAAGGAUGGCUGGCUUGGUAUCUGCAUGCCGUCUGAAUAUGGUGGGAGUGACCUGGGGAUCGCAGAGGCUGCCAUCAUGGUGCAGACGAUCGCUGAGUCCGGAGCGGCGUACGCAGGCGCGAGUGCCGUGCACAUGAACAUCUUUGGUCUGGAACCGGUGAGGAAGUUUGGCACUGAGGAGCAAAAGAAGAGGAUGUUGGUGCCGUUGAUCGAAGGGCGGGAGAAGGCGUGUUUUGGCGUCACAGAACCAAACACGGGCUUAGACACCCUGAGGUUACAGUCGAGAGCUGUCCGGGACGGCGAAUACUACCGGCUAAGUGGACAGAAGAUCUGGAUCUCUACAGCGCAGGUGGCAGAGAAGAUCCUCAUUCUUGUGAGAACGACGCCCCUAGAGGAGGUUAAGAAGGCCAGCCAAGGCUUAAGCUUGUUUUACACGGAUCUGGACCGGAAACAGGUCGACGUUCAGGAGAUCCCCAAGAUGGGUAGAGCGGCGGUGGAUUCCAAUAGUCUCUUCUUUGAUGGGUGGAAGGUGCCAAAGGAGGAUUUGAUCGGAGAGGAAGGAAACGGGUUCAAGAUGAUCAUGCACGGCAUGAAUGCUGAGAGAAUAUUGAUUGCAGCUGAGGCACUUGGGACAGGGUUUGCCGCAUUGAGACGAGCCGCCUUGUAUGCCGGGGAGCGAAUCGUGUUUGGUCGGGCCAUAGGGCAGAACCAAGCUAUUCAGCACCCCCUAGCGGAGAGUUGGAUGGAGCUCGAAGCUGCCAGACUCAUGAUCUACCAGGCUGCAAGGAUGUACGACGCAGGAUACGAGGCUGGGGAAUAUGCAAACGCGGCCAAAUACCUAGCCGCCGAGGCAGCCUUCCGGGCCUGUGAGAGAGCCGUCAUGACGCAUGGUGGUAUGGGGUACGCGAAGGAGUAUCAUGUUGAGAGGUAUUUGAGAGAGAUUAUGAUCCCUCGGCUUGCCCCUGUCAGUCGAGAGAUGAUCAAGAACUAUAUCGGCGAAAGGGUUCUCGGACUGCCUAGGUCGUACUGA